AUGGAAGACAUCACGCUACACAUUCGGCGCGACAUAUGCAAGCAGCGCCGCGACGAGGACUGUCAUGCUCACCAUCCUCACAUCGAAGCCUGCACAGCCUCCCUCCGGCUCGCGCAAAACGACACCUCGAUCGGUCACAUCUACCUCAACAUACUGCAUCAAGCCGCCUUGGUACGCAUUGGACCCAUCCGAAUGUGGGACGAAUGCCAGAUCUAUGAUGAAAGACAUCUCGGAGCAAAGCUAGACAAAGUCGAGAACUACCUUGCCAACGAGAGCUUUCCACCAGAUCGAGACUUGCAAAUCAGGCAAGCUACAUGCAUACUCUUCAUCGAUGAGGUUAUCUUGCAUCCCACCAUGCGUGGUCAAGGGCGCGGACUCGCGGCAGUGAAGAAGGUGAUGGAUGCGUUGGAGCUUCCAGACGAUACUGUGGUUUUGCUUCAAGCAGGACCUGUGGGUGAUACUGGCGACGGGCGACUGGACGCCGGGGAGCGGAUCGCAAGACACUGGAAGAAGCUUGGGUUCCAGGAAUGGAGUGAGACUGAUGAAUCGUGGCUUUGCUUGUUGCUGCGAGAGCCUGAGGGUCGUGUACAGGGAGGCUGA